CUUGGCAAUAAUCCGAUCUCCCACCAUUGUCCCUUUGUUUCUGUAGAAUCUCGAAAAUGCUUCUGUGGUGGAUUAAUAUCGUCGUGAGCACUGCCAAAGAAGUGCUCUGGUAUCUCCAAACGCCUUCACCGCUAUCGGAUCAUCCUCAGGCCUCUUCGCCAUCUGAAGUACCUCAGGAGAAGCCUCCGCCUCCUCCCACAGAGAUUGUUAUCCCGAUCCCAGCACCGUCGCUGUUUGCACUCAUCAUUGGCAUUGACAAGUAUAGCGAUCCAGGAGUCCAUAAUCUGUCGGGCGCUGUUGCCGACGCGGAUCACGUAGAAAAGUUCUUGAUUGAAGUUGUGCGCGUCAAGCCUGGAAACAUUAAAAACUUGCGCGAUGAACAGGCCACACGACACGUCAUUGUUGAAGAGAUCCAUCGAAUGGCAAACGAUGUUCGAAUCAAGAAGGAAGAUCCUAUUCUCAUCUUCUUCGCUGGCCACGGUGCUUUUGGCAAGGCAGAAAGCUCGAGCGAGAAAAUCUCUAUGCUCGUUCCUUAUGGCUUUAAAGUUGCUUCCACGGAGGAGGAGGGGCAGGGCGUGCUGGAUAUCACGUUAGGAAGACUCCUUGCGAAUCUCGCAGAAAAGAAGGGCGACAACAUCACUGUGAUUUUUGAUUGCUGCCAUUCCGGCUCGGGAACUCGAACCGACGAAUACGACCCUACCUACGCGGUACGUAGCGUUGAACUUCCUCCAGACUAUACGAUCCCCGACCACAUCAUAUCCAAUGCGCGCACCACGAAGGUCCCUGAAAAUUUGGCCACGGCAGGCCUUGCCUCUCAUGUAUUACUUUCAGCCUGCAAAGAGCAGGAAUUUGCGCAAGAGAGAGGCAGACGUGGCCUGUUUACCAAAGCGUUGCUUGACCAACUGGAAAACUUGGGCAGCGUCGACAAAAUUACCUACCAGGCCCUCAUUGCUCGUCUGCCCGAUCUCGGAGUCGCUGUGAAGGCAUUAACCAGUCACGAAUAUUGUUCGACGCAAAGGCUCAGAAACCCGAACGCGUGCUGUAUCCACUUCGAAGGUCGUCGGAAGACUCUGGAAGCGUAUGUUUUGGAUGCCGGAGAGGCCAUUGGAAUAAAGGAAGGCUCCCAGUUCGCGGUCUUCGAGGACCUGAAUGUGGACUCUACGCCUGUCGGUACUCUAGUUGCGUAUGAGACGUCGCCUUUCACCACCGUCAUGCGGCGUGCGUCAGAUAGUCCUUCCUUUGAGCUUGAGAAACAGGGCUUUGCACUACAGACCCUGGUGGCGAAGGGCGAUGAUUUACGUUUGUUCAUCGAGUUGAACUCACAGCUUCUCGAUGUAUUCCAGAGUGUUAAGGAAGAGAUGGAGAAAAAAGAUGCUUCGAAGAGAGGAAUCGUUCUCGUCGAGGAAGAUGAAAAUCCAGAUCUGAUUGUGGCAGUCGAACACGACCAGGUGGUGUUCAAUAUUACUGAACCUACUUGCAAGAAAUAUGGUUUGGAGCGCAUGCCAUUUAAAGUUUCUGCUGACGUCUCCAUCAUUUACCCCAUCCUUCGUGGUGCUGCGGAUUUCUACUGGCUUCUCCAUCAUACGAGCAAUGAAGGCUCCUUGGCGGAGAACGUCAAGCUCGAGGGUUUCUGUCUCCAAAAGACGGGAAAGCGAGACAAGAAACUGAAGCCGAUUCUGGCUCCUUUCGGAGCCAACUUGAUUCAAGAUAAUGGUGUAAUGAACGUCUUUGUUGACGACAAAAACGUCUAUGGCUUCAAGAUCACAAACAACUGGGAAAUACCACUUCAUGCUGCCUUGUUCUAUCUUGACGCAAGUGAUCUGAGCAUCACCCCAUAUUUCCUGCCUCCAACUGCGAAAGCGAAUCUGGUGGAUGAACCCCUUCCGGCGGAAGGCUCCCUGACGAUCGGUUAUGGGUCGGGUGGCGAAAGGCCACGAGAAUAUUAUUUGAGAGAGAAUCAAGACGUCGAUAUUGGGUUUCUGAAACUACUGGUUUCGACGGAAUACGUUGACUACUUCGAAGUUGAAACAGUCUUCACCGUUCCCCCAAGGCCGUCACCUCCAGCGUUAUGGGACACGAUACUGAUCACAGUCGUUCAGCGAAAGGGAAAGAGUGCAUAGAUGUAGAACUGUGGAAAUCGGAUGUCGGAUUGGUGUCCAACGCGGGUACCCUACGAGUAUUAGUGUAUGAGUAUGAAAUGUUGAACAAUCGAAGCACUAGUAGAUUUGAAGCAAAAUUGCUUUUAGCCUCC